AUGAAGAUUUGGACUUCAGAACACACUUUCAACCAUCCGUGGGAGACGGUUGCUCAAGCAGCAUGGAGAAAAUACCCCAAUCCUAUGAACCCCGCAGUUAUUGGAACCGAUGUAAUCGAAAGGAAGGUUGUGGAUGGGGUUUUAGUCACACACAGACUCGUCAGUUCGAAAUGGUUUUUCCCGAGAUGGGCACAAGCACUCAUUGGAACUGCGAAAAUUUGCUACGCUAGUGAAAAAUCUGAAGUAAACCCAAAUGAACGACAGAUGACCUUAAAAACAACAAACCUCACAUUCUGUCGGUACAUUGCUGUUGAUGAGACUGUACGGUACACACCGCAUCCAUCUGAUACUUCCAAAACCUUGCUAAAACAGGAAGCUGUAGUCACAGUACAAGGAGUACCACUUAGUAGCUACAUGGAAGAUCUCUUAACUAACAAAAUAUCUUUGAAUGCUGGCAAAGGUCGCCAAGCUAUUGAAUGGGUCAUUGGUAAAAUAGACUCGGAAAUAAAGGAACUGGCAAGUACAGCAUGUAAAAGCACAGAUGAAUAUUAUCACACACAAAGAAAUCUCUUGAUGACAUUACUUCCACUGCACGGAGAUCAAUGGAUGAUAUAUCAUCGAAGGCCAAGAGGUCACUGGAUGAUAUAGAAAAAUUCACUAAGGCCAAUGCCAAUCAAAGAAGCUGA